AUGUACAGUGAUGCAGCAAAUCAACGUCGUUUGGAGGCUGUCGACAGCGAUCUGUUCGACACCGGGCCGUUCCGACCGUCCUAUGCGUUGGGUACCUACGCCACCCAUGGCGGAGCGCCGUACGAGAUCUCCAACACGCCUAUCGAAGUGAACGAGAGCCGUAAACAGCAGAUCCAGAACAGUGUGCCGCUUUCUCCUGCUUCGGGUGUUGAGUCAAGAGAUCCACUUUGCGGUUGCGCGGAAUGUGGUCAGGAGAACCACGCUGCUGCCACAGAAUCAAAAUCGACGGUGGUCAUGCCUGUAGUGCACAGUAUGCCUGCUUUGUUAUGUAUGCAUGCUUUCAUGGCACAGAUUCGGACGAAGGCUUGGCUUUGUCACUGCGAAAUAGAUUUCUAUAUUUCAGAGCCUCGUUCUCGAGACUCAAAUAUGAUACAUUGCUUGUCGCCGAAAUUGGCUGCUGGUCUACAGGAAGAGCUCGAUUCUCGCUCCAAAAGUCCACAGCUCGUCGAAAUGCACACGUUCAGAGAUGCAGUCGACGUCAACUAUCAGCGGAUGGCAAUCACCGGCGAGGAGCUCUCGGGUGUGCCGCUGGAGGAUCUGAAAGACGCGGCGACACAUCUGAUCGAGGCGCUCCGAAUGCGAAAUCAGUACAUGGAGCGAAUCGGAAACCAAUUCCCAGUUACAACGAAGCGAUUCCUCAGCGGUGAAUAUCCGGCGAACUUGCCGAAAUAUCGUCGAAAGAACACCGAGUCAAGUGAGUCUUGA